UGAUGGAAGUGGGCGAAUUAUUGUUUUGGCAGUUAGGAGAAAUUUUAAUAGUACUUGCUUCCAGAAUAUUUCAGACAUAAGAAUUUAGACUGUUUUUUAAGGUAUAAUACCAUAAUAGAAGAUAGAAAAUUGAAUAUAUAUGAAUUCAAGAAGACAAACAAUAAUAGUGUGUUGGAAUUUAAAGAUUAAUAUUUUAGAUGAG